ACCUCCGCCCUCCCUAGCCUCGCCCCGCCCCGUGUGUUAUCUAUCCCCGUCCUGCACAUCCACCCAUCCCGCCGCCCUGCGCUCCCUCGUCUCCCCCACCCCCCACCGUCUCUCUCCCUCUCUCUCUCUCCUCCGCGCCGCUUUCUAGGGUUUUUUCCCUCGCCCCGCCCGCGCACGCACGCACGCACCCGCAGAGGAGCCAGGCCGCCGCAGGGUCUCCGCCUAGAGGAGGAUGGGAUACGACGGCGCCCCCUCGCCCGCAUCGGCCGCUGCGCGCGACGCCAAGAAGAAGAGGGGUAACCGCUCGUCGGCCAAGCUGAAGCAGUGCAAGCUCGACGCGCGCCGGGAGCAGUGGCUGUCGCAAGUCAAGGAUGGGAAGGAGGCCACGGCCAAGCCUUUGCCAGCGGGCGCAGGAUCAGGGGCAGGGUCGAAUGCUGGGUCGCCAAUCCUUGCUUCGCCACACCCUCCACUCCCCCGGCGGCGCGCCGAUGCAAGGUCAAGGGGUGGAGUUCUGGAGGAUGACAAGGAGGAUGCUGGAGCUACCGGGCAAGAAGUAGGCGGCAGCGACCUUGACUCCCCUAUGCACAGCCCUUGUUCAGACAACUCUCGAGGUGGAGGCUGUGCUCAGAGUAAGCGCUGCUCCAGCAAUGGAGGUGGCCCCAGCCUCAGCAGUGUGAGCAGUCUAUGGUCCAGUUCCAGGAGUGUGAGUGAUGCUGAGGAUGAUGACACGGGCAGUGGCCCUGAGGAGGAAAACGGGGUGCUGGAUGAUUGGGAAGCUGUUGCUGAUGCACUUUCAGUCGAUGAUAACAGUCAUUGCCGCCAGAGUUUAGGUACCACGAUGCCCCCAGCAGCUACAAGUGAGUCGGCACCUCUGGCAAAUACAUCAAAAAGAACAGAGCCUAUUCGAAGCAAUGCAAGAGCUUGGACACCAGAUGAUACGUUCCGUCCACAGAGCUUACCCAGUAUCUCCAAGCAGUCGAGCUUCCCAGCGAGGAUUGGCAACUGCUGGGGGAUGGGUAUGAGUGCAGCACAUCAGAGUAUCCUCUCUAUGCCAUUAUCUUGCCCGAUAUGCUACGAGGAUCUUGACCCAACAGACUCGAGCUUCCUCCCCUGCCCUUGCGGGUUCCAUCUGUGUCUCUUCUGCCACAAGAGGAUCCUCGAGGCAGAUGCACGUUGCCCAGGGUGCAGGAAGCUAUACAAUGCAGGGUCUGCAGGAGAAGGAGCGCCAGCACCAGUGCGUCUAUCCCGUUCUUGUAGCAUGGGUCCAAGACACUAGGCUGUCUGAAGGCUAUGAUAGCUCUAUGCCGUAGUUCUGCUUUGCAUGUUACUGUCGGAUAUGCUGGUUUUGUUGCGUAUUGUCUGCUUUUGGUAUAAAGAAAUGUGAAUAUUUGAAUAGAUGCUGUGCCCAUAUAGAGUCUCCAGGACCUUGGUAUCCUUUUUGUACUGAUGCAUUGGGUGUGAUGCAUAUGUUGCUGGAGAUUGGAGAGGACCUUUUGUUGUUACAGUUCGUGAGUUCAUAUAUAAUAGCUAUGGUGACUGUUAUUUC